AUUCGCCUCCUGUUCGGCGAUCUCUUCUCGUGUCUGCCGCAUCGAAGCCCCAUUAAGGCGCGUCGAGCAAACCGUGCAAGUCGCGCCGGAAUUUCUUCUUCGCUGCCAUGAGGCCGCUCGUGCUAGUUGCACUGCUGGCCAUCGCGGCCAUCGCUGCGGUGGAAGCUGUCCGCCCCUGUGAUGAAGUCGAUGGCAUUUGCAAGAAAGCGGAGAGUCGAGGAGGGAGGAAGUGCAAGCAGAUCGAGGAAGGACAGUGCAAGGAGGACAUGGUCUGCUGUUCUUAUAAUCCAACCAAGAAAACUAAAAAUAGGAGCUGCUCAGAUACCCCGCCAAGCUGCAAAAGCAAGAAAGGAAGAUGCUUGUCGAAGACUCGGUGCAAGGAAGAUAUAGGGAGAGAAGGGUGUGACGGAAACUGCGUGUGCUGCACCGACGCAAAGAAGAAAAUGAAUCGCAAGAAAAGCGCGUCUGCCAAGUGCAAAGACCGCAACGAUAAGUGCUCGAAGGCAGGUGGCAAGUGUCAACAGAGCUGCAGUCAAGACGAGUCGGUUCUGAAAGGAAAAUGCCAAGGAGAAAAAUGCAUGUGUUGCGUGAAAGUCAAAGAUAAUCCAACCAAGAAAACUAAAAAUAGGAGCUGCUCAGAUACCCCGCCAAGCUGCAAAAGCAAGAAAGGAAGAUGCUUGUCGAAGACUCGGUGCAAGGAAGAUAUAGGGAGAGAAGGGUGUGACGGAAACUGCGUGUGCUGCACCGACGCAAAGAAGAAAAUGAAUCGCAAGAAAAGCGCGUCUGCCAAGUGCAAAGACCGCAACGAUAAGUGCUCGAAGGCAGGUGGCAAGUGUCAACAGAGCUGCAGUCAAGACGAGUCGGUUCUGAAAGGAAAAUGCCAAGGAGAAAAAUGCAUGUGUUGCGUGAAAGUCAAAGAUGAACAAUCUGAAAGGGCUGCAACAAAGGCAAAGUUCUGCAGAAAAGGAAAAGCUAAAUGCACAGAAAGCGGUGGAAAGUGUAAAUCGAAAUGCAAAGCCAAAUAUGUAGUCAAGACAUUCUGCAGGGAUGAGUCGUGUAUUUGCUGUAAUAAAAAUCAAGAUCUCAGAAAGCAGAAAUGUAGGAAAGCCAAAGGUCAAUGCAAAGAGGAAUGCAAAAGCAAUGAGACAGAGGAAGGUUUCGAGAAAGGUUGCAAGAAAAAAUUAAAAUGUUGUGUUAAGCCGUGCAAGAUAAAGUCAGAAUGUUCAGAUGCAGGCGGGACGUGCAUCCGCUUCGGAAAGAAUUGCAAGACCGAAAAGCUUAAAGGUGGCUGUAAGGGCAAGAAAUGUGUAUGUUGCUUGCCAGCACAAUCAACUGCCGGACCAGCAACCAUGGGAACAACAACUGCAGGACCAAACACGACCGUACCAACAACUGCAGGACCAAACACCACCGUACCAACAACUGCAGGACCAACAACUGCUGGACCAAUCACCACCGUACCAGCAACUGCAGGACCAACAACUGCCGGACCAACUGUCGGACCAACAACUGCCGGACCAACUGCCGGACCAACAACUGCCGGACCAACUGCCGGACCAACAACUGCAGGACCAACAACUGCAGGACCAACAACUGCCGGACCAACAACUGCAGGACCAACAACUGCCGGACCAACAACCACUCUAACCGUUGCACGUAACGCUUUGUUAGGGAAAACCUGUCGCGAUAGGCUCCUUGAUUUGGAAAAACAACUCAACCAGUCUCUGGCCGAAGGUGGGGAAGUAUUGACUAACAUCUCUAAUAUUUUCGACGCAUCCAAUCCAGAGUUGUCAGCUAAUCUGUCAGCUGAACUUACCAAAGUAUCAACCGAACUUCAGGAGCUCUUUAACAGAACAAGCGAAAUAACACUGUUGGUCAAUGAAACCACAGAAAACCUUGAUCCAUCGGUGUCCUGUCCGGCCGAUGAGUAUCAAGAGGUGUUAGAUAAUAUGACGACUAAGAACUCGGAACUAAAAAAUAUUCACGAUCAGAUAGCGACCCUACCAUCGGGUAGAAAAAGGGUCUCAGUCGUGAUCAAACUUUGGCUCCGUUUCACUUUUAGACUGUGUGUGGGUGCACAGCAAAUACUCAUAACGGUCUACGUAAGAGUAACGAUAGUAUUUUCGCAAAUUGAUUCGGGGCAAGUAACAGUUCCUGGUCUACCUGUCGGACCAACAACUGUCGGACCAACAACUGUCGGACCAACAACUGCAGGACCAACAACUGCAGGACCAACAACUGCAGGACCAACAACUGCAGGACCAACAACUGCAGGACCAACAACUGCACCAACAACUGCAGGACCAACUGCAGGACCAACAACUGCAGGGACCAACAACUGCUGA